AUGAUUCUGCUAGUAAGAAAAAAUAAGGGAACGCCUGAAUUGAUAGAUCCGUCUGCGUAUGCAAGUGAUGGUGACGUAUUAGCCAGAGUUCAGAGACAACUUCUUGGUGCAAUGGCGAUGUUGGACGCUCUGCAAGAUGGUGUCACAAAGCUCCCAGAGAAGAGACGUAACAAGUUCGAAUUCAUCCGUUUCGGACGACGAUAG